AUUCCGGGUGGACAGAGGAAGCCUCGUUCUCAACGAAACGUACCUCAAGAACGAGAACCCACACAAGUACCCAAUGAUGUGCAAGCUUCCAAAAGCUUUUAAGCCUCUCGAUCAAUUCACAUGGCGGCCAGGCAGGCUCCAUCGCCAAAACCCCAACAAAUUAUCACGCAACGCAAUCUAAUCCUAAUUUCAUGUCCUUUUUUCCGGAUAAAAAUGAUUCCUUUCUCCUUCCUCCGAGCACUUUGACUCCAUAUCAGCUACUGCCCACAAACAUGGCGGCUCCUUCACUUCUCUUGAUUGCUCUUUGUUCGCUUCUGAUGGUUUCUGCGAGAACCCAGCUCCGACCCAAUGAAGAACAACCAGAAGGGUUCAUCUCGGUUCUUGUUUCCGACAAGGGUCUUGAGUUCGUCAAGGACCUGCUCGUAAGCGAGGCUUUGAGUUCCAUCAUCCCCCUGCAACUGCCCCAAAUCCGGAAGACCGUCAAGGUCCCAGUUGUUGGGGAGGUCGAUGUUCUUCUCUCCAACGUCACGAUUGAUUCUGUCGGGAUAGGUUCUUCCUACGUGAAGACAGGGGAAGAGGGUAUUGCCCUUAUUGCUUCGGGGGCAACUGCUAAUCUGAGCAUGAGCUGGGAGUACUCUUACAGCACGUGGCUCGUCCCUGUUACCAUCUCAGACAGAGGAACUGCUUCUGUGAAGGUUAAAGGUAUGGAAGUGGGGCUAUCCUUGACUCUGAUGGACAAAAGUGGGACCCUGAAGCUGUCGCUGCUGGACUGUGGGUGCUACGUGAAAGCCAUCUCGAUCAAGUUGGAUGGUGGAUCAUCGUGGCUUUAUCAAGUGGCUGUGGAUGCUUUUGAGAAGCAGAUAGUGUCAGCAGUUGAAGAAGCCAUUCCUGAGAAAAUCGGUGAAGAAAUCACAAACCUUGACUCCAAACUGCAAGACCUCCCAAAAGAAAUGCCAGUGGGUGAAGCUGCUGCUCUCAACGUCUCUUUUGUGAAGGAUCCCAUGCUAAGUGAGUCUUCCAUCGACUUGGAGAUUGAUGGGUUAUUCAUUGCGUCAGAUGACCGUAAUAUUGAUGUCCCUGAGAAUUAUCCGAGACUGUCACUCUCUUCACCGUCCUGCAGAGCAGCAGAGAUGAUUCAGAUUUCACUGCAUGAAAAUGUCCUGAAAUCUGCAUCAUUCGUUUAUUUCGAUGCAGGCUAUAUGAACUUGAUUGUGGACAAGAUACCCGAUGAGAAGCUUCUCAACACCGCUGGGUGGAAAUACAUUGUCCCUCAACUCUACAAACAGUAUCCAAAUGAUGACAUGGAACUCAACAUAUCGGCAAAUUCGCCACCAAUCAUAAAAGUUUCAGAUCGAGGCAUCGACACUACGAUUUACUCCGACAUAAUAAUCAGUGUACUAGAUUCUGGUGAAGUCAUAUCUGUUGCAUGCAUUUCACUGGUGAUUCAUGCUUCGGGUUCUGCUCAAAUUUUGAGGAAUAAUUUAGCGGGUACCAUUAAACUCGACGAACUUAGUGCCUCUCUGAAGUGGAGCAAGAUCGGUAAUCUUCAUAUUCAUCUGGUUCAGCCGGUGAUCUCAGCGGUGAUGAGAACCGUUGUCGUGCCUUAUAUCAACCUGCACCUUAUGAGAGGGUUCCCCCUGCCACUUAUUCGUGGAGUUACUCUCAGGAACGCGAGAAUCCUUUAUGGUGAAUCAAGAACUCUGAUCUGCAGCGACGUGGACUACACGUCACAGUCGAUAGCCCGUACUGCUGGUUCCUUUAUAUGAUCUCAUGCAUUUCUUUGUAGAUAUAGAUUAAGAAACAAAAUACCUGCAAAUGUAUAUAUGUAUAUACUUGUAUGUGGAACUUUGCAUUCAGAUGAAGAGCGGUAUAGUUCAAAAUUUUGCACAUUGAAAAAUCA